CGAUGUCUGUUACGUACUGUCAGUUGUAACGUUCCCUCAAGAACAGACUAGAGUUCAAACACUCACUGCCUACUUGCGAGGUCAAAACCGUUCAUUGGGAGUAUGAUAUGCAGCAAGUACUGUUCUAACGGCCGCGUACAUUGACAGCCCGAGCCUGAGCUUCAUAACCUCCAUUUCCGCCGACGAUUGGGCACUGGGAUCAACGAGAACGAGCGCAGCUAGUCUCCGAGGGCCCGCAAACCAAGGACAGACCAUCGUAGACGGCUAGCCGUUAGGCGAAGCGAGGCUGAAUGUUAAACUUAAUCGUACUCGACUAUUAAAGGAUUCUUGUACUCAUUUCGGUGGCUCAGAAUGAGGCAGAUUACCACUUAUAUCUGUUUUCUAUUGCGACGACUGCGUGAAGCGCUAGGAACAUUCUAGUCGGAGACAAUACCAUACUCGAACUAUGCCAUGAAAGUGCGCAAUGGAGGCUCUCUUGAGGAACUGAAGCAUACAAGCUGAUGGCUUGUUCGUGGACAUCAUGUCUGAAUCAGUACAUUGAAGAGCUCGGAAACGGGUCAGAGCAUCGUACGGCUGCCAUAAGCAUUCCUGUCUCUACAUUAGACUUGGAAACAAUUGUCGAAUUAGACUCCACGAUUCCCUCUCGCACGGAGGAAUUGAAGACCAAAACUACAGUCAUGCCGUUGGAAAUCAUCUCCUAUCGCCUGGAGGACGGGCAUCCAGGCUCUGUCCAGAGGUUUUCGAUUUCAUCAAAACACCAAAACACCGUCUCGUGUACAUGGUGCACAGAAAAUCCCGUGUUUCUAUCUCCCCUCCUCUGCUACCACUUGCAAAACCAUUUUCGGGUGCUCAUCGACACGCCUUUCUUGAAGAAGGGUUUCAAAAUUUCAACCCAAUUUGGCAGUCCUAUUCUUGUCGAAUCAGUUCAUCACCUGACAGCUCACGGAGAAAGAACUAUAAAUUCAAAGAAUGCUUAUUUGAAUCCCCAGGGUUCCCUUGCGGCGCAACUGGCAGUGAGCAUGUUACUGAACAUCAAGUUUAUCGCUACCCUAUAUUGUGUUCUUGUUGCUACUAGCACCGUCGUGCAGUGCGCAGUGCUUAAGCAAAGGGAUGGUUACCAGCAACCCACUGAGGAAGUCAAGGACGUUCACUGUCUCUUCGACCGGGACUCAUCCGGUAUUGCGCUUUGCCUGUGAGGGAAGGGUACGGUUUUACUAGCGGCAAUAUGAUUGUAUACCAAAGCAAAGCCGACACGACCUGACGCGAUUACUCCGAAGUUAGAAUCGAUACUGCCCCUCAUGCAAUUGAAUUUGUCUUCCUGUUCGGAUAAUGAGAUAAAAAUA